UAAGUCACGUGAACUAUUUUGUCAGUUUGCUGAGGACCCCUAAUUUGACGGAGAUUGGGUUUUGUGUGUAAUGGUGCAAUUUUUUCAUGCUGAAUUUAACCAACGUGGAGCUCGGAGAAAGUUCUUUAAUGGUGGUAUUUUUUAAAUCUUCUUUACGUCCUCCAAAUCCUGCAGAACUACUGGUUAAAAUCCAGUUUGACAGUGUUUGAAAGCAUUUAUACAGUAUACAACACAUUAGCGACUCUUGGGCAAUUGCUUUCUGCAAAGGGACCAAAGUUGCAGCCAAGAGUCUCCUAGACCUUGCCAAACCAGGAGAGAGUCUGAAGGAAGGCUGUUUUAAACAACUUGAAAAAUGAAUUAUUCUGCUGGCCCAGACCCCUAGAGUUUGAAGGACAUGACUUGAAACCUGCAGACACCGCUGUACACCGCCAGGGCACAAACCGGCAUCCCUUACAUGGUUUUAUCUCACGAUUCUUCCCUCCGGUCCUGUUUGGUAGUCCGCUCACGAAAUCCCCGGUACAUGGAGGCAGGGAGGAAUGGUCGAUGUUCAAACUUUCAGAGGACAGCGGACGAGGAUAUCACGCUGACAUUGAUCCCGUCCCCCUGAACUAUCCCGAGGUGAGCGGCAGAGGAGAGGACGUGUCUGGGAUUGUUUGACGGAGAGAUAACCUGCUGUCGGAGGGAAAUACACUCAUGCAGAAAUCUCUCUCGUCUUUUUCUCUGUGAUUUUACCACCCGUGUUUGUUUUUAUUUAUUUUUUUGCGCUGUUGUGACGGGAUCCUGGAUUUUCUCUGGUAAAGGCACUCCGCUCCAGGAUGGGAAUGUUUUAAUCCAUCUCCGCUACUGUGUGGACACCAGAGGAUUUAUUCACGACAUAAGUUUGCAGACACCACAAUCCCCUGCGUUUCCCUGUGUCAUCCGCGGACAAACGCCUACGCGUCUCCACGGGUGGACAGACGCAUGUGCGCACAGAGCCGAGCGCAGCCAGCAACUAGUUUUAACAGCAGCCAGUCAGGCACUGCGGCGCUGUCCAUGUUGAAAACAACAAACUUUGACCCAUGCUGCUUUGAAACUACUGGAAUUAAUGCAAAGGGGACAAUCUUUAGGCUGGACCAUACUAUCCACUACGAGAACUGCACUGCUACUCCUGCACCUGCUGCUGAACAUGGCAGCCAGCUCAACUCAAAACCAUGGAAACCUUUGUCACUGACUGGCUUGCCGACCAUCCCAGAAGUGGGGCUGAAAGAUGGUUUCUCUAAGGUCUUCUUCUUCAUUGCAGUGGUUGUUAAGAGGACCUUUUUGAGGAAUAUAUUUCCAUAUUGAAAGGAAUAAUUCCCCGAUUUGCCUUCACAAAGUUUGAGGGAGCUGAUGGCGUAUUCAUUUCCAGCAAAUGGUUUGCACUGCCAACAUUUUAAAAAGGAUCAUUAGCAUACACGACCCCUGUUUGCUCCGGAGUUACUGACUUUCUAUUGUCUCUGUGUGAAUGUGAUUUUUGUGUGAUUGUGUGUUUGUGUUUGCAUCUGCAUGGCGUAAGUGAGAGACAGAAAAUAAGGAAUAUUUUACUUGGACAAGAAAGGACGUGAACAUUUUGAAGAGGAGUAGCAGCUAUGUGCCAGUGGAGGCACCAUUUGAGGACUGGGUGUUGGCUUCUUCAGACUACAAAGAGCAAAAGGAUGAUGGGAUACUUGGGGCUUGGUUCAUUGGGUGCUUGCCGGUGGGUGUCCUCCCUAAUAUGGCUGGGCCUGCUGCUGCUGCAGGCAUGUACAGCCGAGGUGGCGUAUCAGAAACUCGAUGAGAACGACCCUGUGGUCACCACUGUCAAUGGCAGGCUGCGUGGCGUUAAGAAAGAACUCAACAACGAGAUCCUGGGUCCUGUCGUGCAGUUUCUUGGUGUCCCUUAUGCUGCUCCCCCGACAGGCGAGCGCCGCUUUCAACCACCUGAGCCACCGUUAUCCUGGCCAGAGAUCCGCAAUGCGACACACUUUGCCCCCGUGUGCCCUCAGACCAUUCUGGAGGGCCGCCUUCCGGACGUGAUGCUGCCGGUGUGGUUCACCAACAGCAUCGACGUGGUGUCCACAUAUGUCCAGGACCAGAACGAGGACUGCCUCUAUCUUAACAUCUACGUUCCCACUGAGGAUGGUCCCCUUACAAAGAAACACACUGAUGAUUUAAGUGAUAGUGACCGCACGGACGACGAAGACAUCAGGGAGAGUGGAAGCCCCAAGCCGGUGAUGGUUUUCAUCCACGGGGGCUCCUACAUGGAAGGAACUGGGAAUAUGUUUGAUGGCAGCAUCCUGGCCAGCUAUGGAAAUGUGAUUGUCAUAACCGUCAACUACCGGCUGGGCGUCCUAGGGUUCCUGAGUACAGGCGACCAGGCAGCUAAAGGGAACUAUGGUUUGUUGGACCUGAUCCAGGCUCUGCGUUGGACCAGUGAGAACAUUGCAGCCUUCGGUGGCGACCCGUUACGUAUCACUGUGUUCGGCUCGGGAGCUGGGGCAUCCUGUGUCAACCUGCUCACUCUGUCUCACUACUCUGAGGGCAACCGCUGGAGCAACUCCACCAAAGGCCUGUUCCAGAGGGCGAUCGCCCAGAGUGGUACAGCUCUGUCCAGUUGGGCUGUCAGUUUUCAACCAGCCAAGUACGCCCGAAUGCUGGCCAGGAAGGUUGGUUGUAACCUAGAGGACACUGUAGAGCUUGUGGCGUGCCUUCAGAGAAAACAUUACAAGGAGCUAGUUGAUCAGGACAUCCAGCCAGCCCGCUACCACAUCGCCUUUGGGCCUGUUAUUGACGGAGAUGUUAUACCAGAUGACCCUCAGAUACUCAUGGAGCAAGGUGAGUUCCUCAACUAUGACAUCAUGCUAGGAGUUAACCAGGGUGAGGGCCUUAAGUUCGUGGAGCUCAUCGUGGAUAACGAAAACGGCGUCCAGGCAAACGACUUUGACUACGCUGUGUCCAGCUUUGUGGAUGACCUCUACGGCUACCCUGAGGGUAAAGAUAUCCUCAGAGAGACCAUCAAGUUCAUGUACACAGAUUGGGCUGACAGGCACAACCCGGAGACCCGAAGGAAGACACUGCUGGCCCUUUUUACCGAUCACCAGUGGGUGGCACCAGCUGUGGCCACAGCAGACCUGCACUCCAGCUUUGGGUCACCUACGUACUUCUAUGCCUUCUAUCACCACUGUCAGACAGAGCAGGUACCACCAUGGGCGGAUGCAGCACACGGAGAUGAGAUCCCGUAUGUAUUUGGCCUUCCGAUGAUUGGACCAACAGAGCUGUUUCCCUGCAACUUCUCAAAGAACGAUGUGAUGCUCAGCGCUGUGGUCAUGACCUACUGGACGAACUUUGCGAAGACAGGGGACCCCAACCAGCCAGUCCCCCAGGACACCAAGUUCAUCCACACCAAGCCCAAUCGCUUUGAAGAAGUUGCAUGGACGCGCUACAACCAGAAAGACCAGCUGUACCUUCACAUUGGCUUGAAGCCGCGGGUCAAAGAGCACUACCGCGCUAACAAGGUCAACCUGUGGUUGGAGCUGGUUCCUCAUCUGCACAGUCUCAACGAGGUCACCCAACUCAUCCCCACCACCACCAAGAUCCCGCCUCCAGAGGCUACCAACCGCACCCCAAAAACCAAGGUUCUAGUGACCAAGCGACCCAACCCAACUCCGUUCCCCACCGAGACCCAGGACAGCAUCAACCAGCCACAUCUUGUGGACCAGCGGGACUACUCCACAGAGCUGUCGGUGACCAUCGCCGUCGGAGCAUCCCUGCUCUUCCUCAAUAUCCUGGCCUUUGCUGCAUUAUACUACAAAAAGGACAAGCGCCGGCAUGAUGUCCACAGGCGCUGCAGUCCCCAGCGGAGCGCCGCCAAUGACCUGGCUCACACUCAGGAGGAGGAGAUCAUGUCCCUGCAGAUGAAGCAGCACUCAGACCUGGACCGGGAUUGCAGGGGGGUGGGUGACUCCCUGCACCCGCACGACAUGGUGCUGAGGACUGCCUGCCCGCCGGACUACACUCUGGCCAUGAGGCGCUCGCCAGAUGACAUCCCGCUCAUGACGCCAAACACCAUAACCAUGAUCCCCAGCACCAUGGGGGGGCUCACCUCACUCCAUUCUUUCAACACCUUCCCUGGCAGCGGGCAGAAUAACACCCUGCCCCACCCGCAUCCACACUCACACUCCACCACCCGGGUAUAGCCCAGUGGAUGCACCAACACAGGCAGGACUCUGACGGCUGAGGCAAAAUCUAACGCCAUUGCUACAGCAGAGACUUAUGGCCAACAUGCUGACAAACGCAGGUGUGUCAGGAGCUGAAUCGCCAGCUUGGAGUUGCCAGACACCCAACGGAUUAUACUGGGAUUGUACGACACCCUGUUCAUACCUGAGGGAAUAUAGUCAAUGGAUUACUUGGGGUUUGGACGAGAGGAAAAAAAAAAAGAAUAAUUAUGUUUUUUGUAGAAAAUAAAAGACAAGAAGAAAAAAGUACAAAUACACAGUGGGAGAAAAACAACCUUACAAGCUUAGACAAGGAGGAGGAUGUUUUUUAUUAUUAUUUCUGUUCUGAUAUUGCAGCAAAACAAGGUACAGUAAACUACUUUUUCUUUCUAGCGACAGAUAUGGCCUUCGGGAUCCUUUGACAAAUGACUGCUUGACAGUAUUAUCUGGAAGCAGAACAGAGCAUCAGACACGCCUCGGAGGUGAGAAGAGGGGAGCACUUUGUAAAAGAAAGAAAACGUAUUGUUUUCCUUUGGCGUCGCGUUGCAGAUUACUCUGUUUGUGGGGCACAGAGUAGAUGCGGCGCAAACCAAUCUAGGCAUGUGUUAACUUCAUAAAUGGAGGCUAUGUAAGAUAAAGCAAAAACAAUAGUUGAAUAGAGCAAAGGAAGGACUGAGAACUUCAAAGAAAAAAGAAACCCUGUAUGCACAAUGGAACCAUUUUGAGGAAAAAAAAUAUCACAGAUACUUUUCAUCCAUUUAUUUUUCAGGAUUGGGAACAAUUUUAUUGUAUAGAACCUAUUUACAUAUCUAGAUCUGUACACUAAGCACCAAGGCUGUUUAAGCCCUCUUCUAAUUCGGGGGGGACGUUAUACUGCAAACCUGCCAGCAGGACUGAACCAGUGGGAAGUGGGGAUCCACCUACUGGCUUUCUGGCAGUUCCAACUUCAACACAGAGAGCUGGGGGACAAAGGAUAAUUGGAUAUUUUAGCACGAUGCGCAUGACAAUUUAUCUGCUUGAUGGCUGCUCUGCUGAUUAUGUCAUUAUUAAGAAUAAUUUUCACCCUCUCCCUCGCAUUGGAGCAAUUUCAGAUGGAUUCCUGAUUGGAUUACGGGAAAACACACACCCUCACAGGACCAUGGGAAAUGCAGUUCCAGGUCGUGGAUGUUGUGGGACAGAAAGGGAAGGGCUGGGGAUGUGGUAAAACUUUUUUGCAUAAAAUAAUAUAGCUUGAGUGGAGCUGGGGUUAUAAGGACUAGUUUUGUACUCUGUGUGUUGGUACUAUUUUUUGAUAGUGGGUAAAUCACAUUACACUGUAUCAAUCAAACUCAUUGUACCUUCAGUUAAGACCAGUGUUCUUUGCUAUUCUACCUAUUGGACCACUUUACCGUAUAGAAGUUAUUACCUGCACUGUUUAUUCCAUCGCCCAUUUUUCUUUUCUUUAACUGGAAGGUGUGAUGAUUGACCGGGGUUAGAGGAGUGGAAAAUAUGGUGGAUUAGUGGAUCUCUGGGCUUUUCUUUUCCUUCAUCCAGCCACACUCUGUUGGUUCUUUAAACAUGAAUGCCUAUAUGUGACUAACGCAAGUCAAAGGCCAAGCACAGACAGAUCACAUUGGGUGGAAAUCUCUGGAAAUGCACAGAAAGUUGGACAUGACGAAGAGCUAGGGUCAGGGUAGGUUGAUUCCCAUGAUGCACUUUUCAUGUAGUUUUCAUCAUAAGUCAAGGUUGAUCCCUUCUGGAGGCACACAGCGUUCAUGUGCAGGAAGAAAAAAAAGGUGUUGGGUAGCAGCUGAGACCCACAGUCAACCUUCUUUACCUCACUUUAAAGAGCUACUUCUUUUCUCAUUUUUUCCCUUUUCUUUUUUUCUACAAAAGAUUCUCUACUGUCUCAUCUUUUAUACUGAGCUGACAGGUUGGGCUGUUUAGCAAAACGGUUUCCCCCUCGCAUCCCCAACGCCUUCAGUAUGCCAUCUCCUGCUAGCCUGUUUGCCAUCGCUCACAUCUUUAGGUCAGUGAAGCCUUGGCAGCAAACAAUGUUAGCCACCGGAGCGGGAAAGUGUCAUACAAAAAAGCAGAAUGCAGUCUGAUUCAGUCGCUUAGGAGUCAUGGGGGGUAAAGUGGUGAUCUUCAAAACAGACAGAGAGUGGAAUACCCUGGAUGGCAAGCCUAUUGUGCUCGGAUAUAAGAUCUGUAUACAGGCACAGAGAUGCUACUUGGUAAGCUGAAACGCUUGUCUCCCUGUUUUCCUCUCACUAAAGUGUAGAUGUGUGGAGGCCUCUGUUGUGAGAAUACAUCCUUUCCCUUUUGGAUUGCUCACAGGCACUGUGCAGUCAUUCAAAAUAAUGAGUGCAGACUACUGGUACCCCAUGUAACACUGCAGCACACAAGCUGGUUGGGGGAGGGAUACAAUCAAGCCAGUCUUUGGCAGUGUUGCCUUUUUGGGAGAAGAUUUAAAUUGAAUAAACUAAUUACAUCUGUUGGCUCCAGAUUGUUUCUCUGGAUGAAAUGAACUGCGAGGGCUUGAUCUGGGAUUUGAACAAAAGAAAGAUUCCAAGGCUAUUAUCACACAUCAUCCUCAUGGGCCAGAGGCUUUUUAAUACCCUUCUCUAUUAAAAACAAGCUAACAACUUGAAAAAGUGUGAAUGUCAGAAUUUGGAAACAAUCAGUCCACUAGGUCUUUUGGCCCUGCACCAACUUCCUUGCUUCAACACCCUAUUGCCCCCUUUCUGACAUUUGUAUGUCAACAACAUCAAAUAUUUGCAGCUGAAGCCACAUGUGGUAACACUCUCACACAACCAUGUGCUGGGUAAUUAGGCAUGGUUACUCCUAGUGUUUGGUAUCAACACAAGAUAUUUAAUAUAAGCUAAUUAUAAAUAUUGCCUGGACUUGAAUGAAGAUUUACUAGACCAAUAUAAAAACAACACCACCUUGUUUUUGUAGCAGAUUGCUGAAACAGAUUUCACAUUAUGUUUAGGUGAACCUUUACACAAAAUAAAAACUGAUGUUGUUUUGGCUGCCCACCAACAGUAAUAGCUGAGGACAUUAUAAAAUCAAAAAAAUGUCUCAGCACAAGAAAAUGUACUACACAGAAUAUCACAUAAUAUCAACCCAACUGUAGCCAAAUUAGGAUUCAGAUUUUGGGAAUAAACCAUUAUUUUUGGACAGCUCUAAACAUCCAAAACCUUUAUAAAACACAUCUCAGCUGUUGUUACUUGUUGCAUUUAAUUUAUUGGUGCAAACAAAGAUUUGCAAGCACCUGACAUAUUAGAAAAGCUUAAAGCUGUCUGCAUGGUGACAGUCGCUAACACGAUUAGGCAUGUGUGGUGACUACAUACAAACAACAACAGUCCUACUUCCCCUAACAGAACAGGCUGACCUGCUGGAUUGCUUGAGGAUUUAAAACUAGACGGAAGGUCUAAAAAAAGGUAUUGGACUGGCAGUUCUGCAAUGACUCAUGAAUCAAGCAUUAUAUAAGCAAGUAAAGGCGUUAAAUUGCUUCAUCAUGCCUUAAAACUGACAGAGGAGAAGUUUGGUUACCAAAGCAAAUUAAAAAAGAGAGAAAAGCUGCAACUUUUGGUACUAACACCAUCAGAUGACCUUAAGAGAAGACGCUGAGAGGAGCGCUGACUGUAUAGAUUGAGAAAGUUAAAAAAAACACUGCUACUAUCAUUUAAACUUAAAUAAGCAGCUCAGUGGAAAGAGAAGUAGUGUUGGCAAGACUGAUAAAAUCUGGAGCUAGCUUCGUAAUUUGAGAGACAGCUACAGCAGACCUCAUCAAGGCUGAUUAAAAACACGAGCUAUCAGAUGCCUCCUUGGUGAAUGAGAAGAUGGGAAAGACGUUUUUAAUACUCGGCGUCAGAAAUCAAAAAAGGGAGGGAGAAAUAAUUCGCUGACCACCAAGAGAGGACCUAUCAUGUUUAAUGAGACUGAAACAAUUGCUGCUCAUUGUUGGAGAUACAGUAGAUAGCAUGCGAGAAGAUUGGUAGUUCAAUCAGUCAUGCCACCAUGCCCCACUUAGGAGACUCAUGUACUUGAAUACAAUUUAUACUGCAACAUGUGUGCAUAAUGUCAUUUUCAACCAUAUUGGAUGAUAUCUGAUUAGUUUAAUUCAACUUUCUUAUCAUUUAAAGUUGUUUUUUUGUUGUUGAAAGUUACAGACUACAAGUGAAAAUAUCAGUUCAUUUCAUACUUGUCAGACUGUCUUCCUCUUGGCACAUUCUUAAUCUAAGCCAUCAGUUAUGAGGAAACAAAAAGGCUUUCUGAGAAGUUUUAAAUUCAUGUUUUUUAUCUUCUCAGAAAAACAAGUUGAUUAUGAAAGGCUAUCAAACAUAUCAAAUGCAUUUCCUACCUCAUUUAACUUUUCCAUAGUGCUUUAAUUCAGUGGAUGGUUGGGAAAUUGCAUUGCUUUCUUUGUAUAUUCUUCAGCCCUUCGACAUGUUUUUCUCUUCUGUUAAAAUAAAAUGGUAGCUUUCAAUAUAAAUAACAUCCACGGUUGUCAGUUUGCUUUGCUGUCUCCAGCAAUUGCCAGAAAUGCUGCUCUAAGUGGAUGUGCAUUAUUCUGCACAAUAAUACUAGGACUUACAAAAAGCUAAACACCACCUCUAGUGGUCAUAAACUUGGCCACAGGGUGUCUUUCAUGCGUGUUUUAUAAAAACGUCACCUCACACUAAAUAACUAUGUUAAUGAUUGAGGGUGAUGAUAUAACAGGCUGCAGCUUAAAACAGUUCAUAAUGAGUAAAAUAAAUCUUCCAAGUGGGUUUAUUAUUUCAGUGGAAUAAAAAUCACAUUUUCCGAUGUCUUUCACCCUCAAGUGAUUGAAUAAUAUACUGUACAUAUGAUGUAAUAAUAUUUCAGACAGCAUAUUCUUUUUACACUCACUUUUUUACAAUUUGUACACUCCAUGUGUGUUAUCCCAGAGUGCAGCUCUUAGAGAAUUCAUAAAAAGCUGAUUUCUCCCAAUUUUGUGAAAAGCUGGAAUAAAAGCUGUCAAAAAUAAUUAUCUAAACUUGUUAGUUGGCCAUCAUAAAUAUAUGUAAAAAGUGCAACAAUUAAGUGUAUGACCUUAUCACCAUUAGGAGCUUGGAAGUAAUUGUAAGUGUCCCCUCAAGACUCAACGGCAUAAUUCAGCAGCAUUAACUCCAUAAUAAGAAACUAAACCUAAUUUACUGAAAGAGGUGGUGCUAUGCUUUUUCAUGUUUAACAAACAAAUAUUAGGUUAAAAUAUUGGAUGCCAAUACCCUAGGUGGGCAAAGUUGCAAAUUGAGAGUUAAACAUGUGUUGGAGUUAUCCCAGGAUGAGACUGCAGGCUGCUCUGAAUGGCUUGUACAAAAAGUCAAACGAGCUAAAUAGAGGAACAGGAGAUUUGCCCUGAUUGGUGAAUCUACCUCAAAGUGCAACGCUUACCACACAGAAAUGUACUGGUCUGUGCUUUGUUGCUGGGGAUUUUGUUUGUCCUUUCCAAUCUGCCUGGGGUCCAAAACAUAUGGCAAUAUUUCAUAAUUUUUCAUAUCAAAUGGAGAAACACACCUUUGUAGCGUGGCAACAUUGAGUGUGGGUUCUGGAGUGCUGGGGGUUGGGCCCUUAAAGAGACAGCAGCAGGAUAGAAACAUUUCAGACAGAGGGCGACAUGAGUGUUUUCAAAGACAACAGUCUAAGAGAAGUCAAUAAUCUUUUGAGCUGUAAAUCAUGUACAGCUCAAACAAAGCUAUCAAAGGGACAAUAUAACAAUAUAAAGCCUGAAAAUGAGCAUGAUACCCCUCUUUAAGUUCUGUUACAAGCUUAACCAAAAGACUGACCAACUCACACACCUAUCCUUUCAUAGAGGAAACAUUCAGCUUUUAAACUAAGAACUAAUAACAAUAAAACAUGACUGGAUCGUUAAAUGAGCAUGUAAAAUAUGAAAACAAGCUACAAUUUAAUUGCAGUUUUGAUACUGUUCAUAUGCUCUGGCAGUUUUUACAGGGAAGAUCUUUUUCUGAAGGAGAAGGGUUUACCUUUCAUUUAAGUUUAUGGGACCAUACAGACAUAAACAAGAACCUUUUUAAACAUUUUUUUUAAACAAAGUCUCUGGUUCAUGACUGAUGUGUGGCGGUUACAACACUUAUAUUUCUCUAAGACUCAACAGUCAUGUUAGGACACUGAGUGGGUGCAGCACGGCGCAAGAAUUUGUUUCUUUUGGGUGUUUGGUUUUAAACCCACAUAUUUCAAGACCACCAUGGCAUUGUUUUAAACUUCAAAAUAUGCUUUUUCAAACUAUAUAACAGCCCUUAUUGAGUGCGUUAAAUGGAAAUUCAUGUUCUGAUAUUGUUUAUUUUCCAGUUAGAGAUACUUUCCAUGGAUGACAACUGAAGCUUGUACUCGAUAUUCAUCAGUGUGUUCCUGCAAUGUGCCUAUUUUCUGUUUCUGUAUUGAUAUAUUUAAUAUUAUGAUUAUUUCAUGUGUCAUUUGACAUCUGGCUUGUCCUGACUAAGACUUGAAUUUGGGUUUAUAUAGUCAUGUGCUUGCAAGAGCACAUGCUUCAAAACAAAAACAGUGUACACCUCUAAAAGGCAGAUGUAAGAUAAAAGUGUGAGGAUGCUCCAGAGUUCAGAAUGACUCCCACCCAAUGUCAAGCUGUGUGUCAAUCAUUCAAAGACAGGAACUCGGAUCCUAUCCAGGUAGCAUUUCUUCAGUAAUUUCUGUUGAAAUCCCAACACCAGUAAGUUUAAAUGAGCCAGUCCAUUUAGGUGAGUAUGAAUCCACACAGUGUAGGACUGAAGACUCUUAAGAAACCCUGUUCUAGGGGGACGCUUCACUUUUGUUCCAGUGUAAACCUGCCCUGACCGUGGUCUGCUGUCAGCCUGUGCUGUAGUGUACGGGACGGACAGGGAAGGGGGGAACGAGCACUGCGAAUGAAUGUAACGCAACGUGCCAUUUUCUAACCUCAAAAAUCGCAGCAGAAACGACAACAAACCAAACCCUCAGAUUCAUCCUGAGAGGUUUUUGCUAGCAGUCUUAAGGUGGAUUUGUUCUCUGAAUGCCAUGUGAAACAGGGGGGUACUAUGUGAGCUGGUCUGGCAUUUGUAAUGUAGAUUAUUUGUCACUUGUCUUUCUUUCUGGUUAAAUAGUAAUUACUCUUCUGGAGCACAAUAAAUGAUUUUAAUAUGCUGA